AUUCUUACAGUUAUUCAAAGAUGUACAUAGGGCUGGGCGAUAAAACGAUAACGAUAUGUAUCACGAUAGACACGUGAUCGAUAGCAAUAAAAAAUGUGUUCGAUAAAACGUUCGAUAAUUUUUUUUUUCGUCAGAAGAAAACGGAGGUUGCAAAGCAAGUUUCGUUGCAUUAACAAAGGCACUCGCUCUCUGGUAACCUAGCAACGUAGGGAGUGACACGCUAACAGCCAAUCAUGUAACAGUAUCAAGUUUGGUUGCGUUGUCUCGUGCUCGAUUCCUCUUCAGUAACCGGCAGAAAACUGAGAAGCAGAAAAUGAGUGCUGCAGAGAGCGAGGAAAUUGUAAAUAAAAGAGGAAAAUUCAGCUCGCCAGUAUGGCAGUUUUUUGGAUAUUAUAAGUCUGACCGUAGUCAGACCAAUGCCGUCUGCAAAUUAUGCAAGACCGUCGUCCCAGCCAAGUCUGGUAAUACCACGAACCUGAUGUACCACCUUAGCCGCGCUCACCCUUUGGAGCACAGCCGUAUUCAACCAACAACAUCUGUAGCUGCAACACCGCACAAGCAGCAGACGACCAUGGAGAGGUACUCUGCAUCAGUGCCUUAUGACAAAGAAACAAAACGGUACAAAGAUAUAACGGAGGCAGUGGCAUAUCAUAUAGCCAAAGACAUGCUUCCGUUUAGCACCGUUGAGAAGUCAGGUUAUAAAAAGCUUAUACACGUGCUUGACCCACGCUACGUUCUUCCUGGCCGAAAGUACUUUUCUAAGACUGCCAUUCCUAAGCUGUAUGUAAUGUGCAAAGAAUCUGUACAGCAAGAAAUAUUGUCAGCAAAGUACUUUGCAACAACCUCUGACCUGUGGUCAAGCCGUACUUCUGAGCCAUAUAUUAGCUUGACCAUUCACUUCAUCGACAAUGAAUGGGGUUUGAAAACCAGAUGCCUUGAGACUGCAUAUUUCCCCGAAGACCACACAGGAGAAGUGAUAGCAGAAGGCUUGAAGGAGGCACUGUUGUCCUGGGGUCUGAUUGAAGACAAAAUGGUGUGCAUUACCACAGACAGCGGGGCAAAUGUAGUGAAGGCGACUUCACUGAACAACUGGACACGGCUGCAGUGUUUUGGCCAUCGUUUGCACUCUGCUAUUGGUGCUGCAGGGAAAGAUAAAAGAGUGGAGAGGGCUGUAGGUGUGUGCAAGAAAGUGGUAUCUAGCUUUUCUUACUCGUGGAAGAAAAAGAGUGCGCUCUCUAAAGCACAGGAACGUCUCAAUCUUCCCAAACACCAGCUGGUCACAGAGUCACUAACCAGGUGGGGCUCAAGACAAAAGAUGGUGGCAAGGGUCCUAGAGCAACAAAAGGCCAUCACUGAAGUUCUCUCUUCUGACAAAAACAACAGGCACCUGAUCCCAACGUGGCAGGAUAUUGACGUCCUGGAGUCAAUGCAUGCGGCCUUAACUCCUCUCCUGGAGUUCACAGACUCCCUUUCUGGGGAGUCAUAUGUGACGGUCUCAUACGUGAAGCCUGUGCUCAACCUUUUCCGCUCUAGUUUGCUGAAAGUUAAUGAUGGGGACACUCAGCUCACAAAAGAGCUGAAGACAAAAAUAAUGACCUAUCUUGACGAGAAAUAUGCUGACCCUGACACAGAUGAUCUCCUUGACAUGGCUACCUUUGUGGACCCUAGGUUUAAAGGCCGAUACAUCAGACCAGAGAAGGUAGGGGCCAUUCAAAUGAGAGCUGUGUCUGAGAUCAUGGAUGAAGACCAGGGCCAAUCACAGGCAGGGCCUUCUGAGGGAGCAGCAGACCAAGGUGCAGAAGGAGGAGCUGUCAGUGGACCACCUAUGCCACUGGGCGUGAAGAAUAGUGAUCGACCGAUAUAUCGGCCGGCCGAUACAUCGGGCCGAUUUUAGCAGGUUUUAGGUGUAUCGGCAUCGGCCGAUUCGCGGCUUGCGUUCGCCGAUAGCUUUUCCCCGCCAUUAAUUACAGACAGGCGCCCACAGGCAGCUAUGUGUUCCUGGAGGCUGCCUGCAGCCCGUGCAUUGCCCCUCCCCCCACUAGCAGAGCGGAGCGCUCCAAGCCUGCUCUGGUAAGUUUUAAAGCAUCUUUUAACCGUUUGACUGAAAUAUUGCCAUAUACUUUGAAAGUGUAAGCACGUUGCUCUAUAUCUGCGUGCAAUCAUAGCUAAGAAAGUUUGGUGGUCAUAAUGGAAAACGCGAAUGCCUAUAAAACUGCUUGCCAUUGUAUUUAGGGAGCUUCAAAUUGCCUUUAGGCUAACCGUAUGCAUACGGCAGCUGUUACAAACACAGGUCAUAGGAUUAAAUAAUGCUGACGUUGUUCCGUGAUUUCGUGGUAUUUAUAGGAGUUUUAUUCAGCGACCACCAGUCUGACGUUUGGACGCGACGCAUGGUCACAAUGCCGCAAGCGAACGCAGGUCAUCAGCCGAACAGCUGAUCAUAGCUGGACAUGCUGGGUUUUUAAUUUUCAUCUCCAUAAAUAUAUGUAGUAGUAAAAGGCUAAAAAUUAAUAUCCAUUGCUGAUAGUUUCUCGUCAUUGUGGAGAGC